AGUGGGGAGUCCAUCACUCUCUUUAAAAUUUUAUUACUCUCUUCAUUUUACUUUUAAGUGAUAUAUACUUUUCUAAGCAAUAUAAAAAAGCCUAAUUUCUUAAAAUUUUGUGUCUAACCAAAUAGGUCCACGUAAAUUGACUCUUCACAUAAGCACCUUUCAAAACUAUUGGCUCUUCACACGCUCAGCUCAAACAAAAUAUGACACAUGGGCAUAUUAUGUCUCAACUUCUUUUGUUCCUUCGUGACUAAGCUGAAUUCUUGGGUCCUAGCCUAGGUGCUUAUGUAACCAAAAAAUCUACUUUUAAAAGCCAACUUAUAAAUGGGCCCCAUACAUUAGUGCCACCUGACUCAAAAGUUUUGUCUAAUGACUAAAAUGACCUUAGUGGAACCCACCCUGCUCCUACCCCUUUGCCAAUAAAUACUACACUCUUGACCUUAUUUCUUCCCUUUUCUCCUCCUACCUACCCACCCCCUCUAUAAAAAAAUUCCGGCCAUGUUGUCCACUUUGUCGGCCACUACUCUGUCCUCCGAUGGACUUUUUUCUAAUUCAUUCGCGGCUUUUGAUGGUGGUUUUACUCCUUGGGAAUGUAUCGAACCGGCUUUUCUAUUUCCACGAGAUGUGGAAGAAGAAGAAGAGCCGGUUCUUUCUCCCAAGCAAUCCCCACCAACUGAACCGGUUAUUUUGAACUCCGAUUCAGGGUCUGAUGACUCCAAACCGAAUUCCAUUCACUCUAGUUCCGGUUCAGAUGAACCGAACCGGAAUAAUAACAACAACUCGAACCGCUGUCUUGACGAGAGGAAACGCCAGCGUACGACAUCGAACCGGGACAUAGACGAGAGAAAGCGCCGUCGUAUGGUAUCGAACCGGGAAUCAGCUAGGCGUUCCCGCAUGCGAAAGCAAAAGCAUCUGGAGAACCUGCGGAACCAAGUGAACCGGCUUAAAAUAGGGAACCGGGAAUUAAUGAACCGGUUACGGUUAAUUACCCAUCAGUACCAAAUUUUCCAGUGUGAUAACGAGCGGCUGAAGACAGAAUCGGCAAUCCUUGGGCAAAGACUCGAGGAUAUACGUGAAAUACUGAGAGCUCGGCAACUUCAGCAGCAAUUUAAUUCCUACUUUGCAUGGCCAUGCAGCAAUUAUAUGGAACAAAGACCACAUUAAUUAAUCACUUGAUCACCUAUAAUAACUAGUCAAUCGCUAAACGUGCUAGUUUCUUCGUCUAAGCACUAUAUAAAUAUAUAAAUAUCGUCUUAUGAGGUGAAUAAAUCAUAAGAAAAUUUUCUCUCUCGCUCUCUCACUCUCUGCCUCCAUCUCUUUCUUGUAAAUUAUAAAAAGUACGUCUAUUGGGAGUAAAGAGAUAUGUAGCUAGGUGUUUUGAGGUUGCUACGGGUUUUUAUUUUUAAGCAAAACCAAUUAAGCUCAUUGUUGUGUAAAUGACUCGAUCGUGCAAUGUUUGGCUUAUUAGUAAAUGGAAAAAUUUUCUCUUUGCCUUUUUUGCC